AUGUCUCUUGAGUCAAUAGUAGAUACAGCUACCCAACUCUUACAGAUAACUCUUAGAGCUAACAUUGGGUUUGCUGAGUUAUCAACCGCCAACGAUAAAUCUGUCUUCACCGCCAGAGAAAAGAACUUAAUUCAACUUGUUAAUCACUUUGAAUGGGUAAAACAACAACAAUGUGAAUACAAGUAUGUGAUAGAGAAACAAAAGCCCGAGACAAAAGUGCGAACGGAACAUGCACUUGUUAGAAAGAUUGAUACACUGAAAAAUAAAUUGGCUAAACAAGUUGCAGCAAAUUUUGUAAAGAAUAAGGCGUUCUCAGACGUGACGGCGGAUACUUCAGCGAUAAUUCUGAAUGAGCUCGUACAAGAGCGUGAUCAGUAUGUCAGCGAGUUCUUGUUGAUGAAUCAGGAACUUGUCAAAAUCCAGUCCGAGUUGUCAAAAGUGCAACUGACGAUAAUAGAACGACACAGAGACAACCGUGAACUUAUGAAAGAAAUAAAUAAUGCCUCUGAUAUUUCAAAUACGGCAUCGUCCUCUACGAAUACCGAGGCAAAUGCACUACAAAAGUAUGUUCGUAGUAUUUGGUUGUGCAUUUGA